AUGAGGGGCACAUUUGGACGAGUUUUUCUAGCCAAAAAAAGGGCAACUGGUGAUGUAUUUGCCAUAAAGGUUUUGAAGAAGGCUGAUAUGAUUCGUAAAAAUGCAGUUGAAAGUAUUUUGUUAGAACAUGAUAUACUUAUAUCAGUUCGAAAUCCUUUUGUGGUUCGGUUUUUCUACUCAUUCACAUGCAAAGAAAAUCUAUAUCUGGUAAUGGAGUUUUUAAAUGGAGGAUAUCUUUUCUCUUUGCGGAGAACUCUAGGUUGCUUAGAAGAAGACAUGACACGUGUCUAUAUUGCACAACUUGUUCUUGCACUGGCUUAUUUACAUCCUUUCAAUAUCAUUCACCGAGACCUGAAGCCAUACAACUUGUUGAUUGGUCCAGAUAGCCAUAUCAAGGCGACAUUCAUACCAUCUACUGAGACUCUGGACACGAGUUAUUUCAUGAGCCGGUAUAUUUGGAAUCCAAAAGAUGAGCAUGUUGAUGGAGGCAGCGAUUUUGAUGAUAUGUCUGAUACAUGCAGCACAUUAGGUGAUAUUUCUUUUGGCAAUAUGCUAGAGGAAGAGGGUGAUGAAUGUGUUAACCUGGCAGAAUUUGGUGCUUUAACUCUCAAUGUGAAUUACUCAUUCAGUAAUUUCUCAUUUAAGGUGAAUGCUCUGUUAUCUUCUUUAGAGAUCAAUAAUCAUGGGGGAUUGGUUAGGGAGCACAUGCCUGAUGGCUGGGCUGAUGAAUUUUCCCAACAACAUGGUGGGGACCCGAAUGCUUGGACUUUAUCCAUUGAGCAACAACAUGGUACUGGGGGUUGGGCUUUUAAAUUCCAGCAUGAGAAAACGCAGAUGAUGUCUAUGGACCGAAUGGCAGGUGCAAACAUUCCAUCUUUGGCUGCUAUGGAGAAUGUUUUUUUUAAUUUAAUUUAUAAUCACAGAAGGGAUUUCAAGAAAGGUAUUACAAAGAAUGAUCCAAGGAGGAGAAUAUAUUGUCCCCCACUACUCCUAUACCAUCUCCACCUGCAGGAAGUAGAUCCAUUUGAGAGAUUCACUGAUCAAGACAUCCGCACUACAAUCCACAAUGCAACUGGUCCUAGAUCCGCUUUAUUCAUGCCAGAGGUUCCACUACAAGUUUUGGUUCGAAGACAAAUAGCUCGGUUGUUGGAUCAUUGUCUUCAAUGUGCUAGACUUGUAUACAAUGCAUUAGUAAAGAGUCAACAGGUAGGGAAAUUGUUAAUUCUUCAAAGUAAAACAAAUGGUUGAUUGAACGAGAGAAAAGAAAACACCAACACUCCAUGGCUAAAAAGAAUAAAAAAAAAUAUGGAUAUGAGGCAAAAAAAGUCUUUGUUAGGCAACUUGGACAAACUUUGUAGCACCUGAUCUUCCAUGCCACUCUUGUUACAGGACAUGAGUAUCGGCACAUCAUGGAACAUUUUAGGGUAGUUGUUGGUUUUCCUCUAGCUGAUCCAUCAAUGAAGUGGCCAACAUCAUGUAAUAACAUUUUAGGGGAAGAUGUAGGUAUAUGUUUUUUUAAUGAAUAAUGUAAUCAUAUGUAUGAAUAUGAAAUAAAGUUUGUUAUUUGGAUGACAAUAAAUUUUUUGCAAUGGAUUGU